AUGUUCUGGCAACAAGUGAACCUUGGUAUAUUGUACAGAGGAAUACUAAGAGGUAAUCAAUGGCUAACAUUUUUCGAGAUGUUAAUAACAGCGCUGUUUACACUGAAUGUAAUCCUUAUAUGUGUGUUGUUUAAUUGUAUUAUUAUUGUGCCAUAACCGUUGCUCAACUUAUAUGCAGGCACUGAAAAGAAUCCAUUGGAAAUCAAGCCCACGUACAGCUUUUGGGCUCCAUUCAUUGGAUCAAACUGCAGAAGAGGGCGACAACUGAUCAACUCAGAGUUUAGGAAAGCAAAUCACAAGGAAGAUCUUAAAUCUGCUGGUGCUACUUCUGACAAUUGCUCUAUUGAGAAACUUACGGAUUUGUUCUGUGAAGGGAAAGUAUGUUACUUUCUUAUAGCUCAUCAACUUAGACAACAAGAACACAAACAUAACUUUGAAUUAACUUACAUAACACAUCGUCUUGCACUAUUUUACCUGUUUCGAAAUAUUAACAACUCCAUAAAUCAACGACUAAAAAGUUUUCUUUUUUUGUCUGAUAUAGGUCACUUGGAAUGGAAUCUAUAUUUAAUAGCAUUAUCCUCCCACCCAAUGAAAACCACUAUGCAUGCAUAUCAGUUAUACUGUAAUAACGUUAUAACUUUUUUAAAUACCGUUGUUUUUAUUCUUCUCGUUUAUAGGUCCCGGUGAUAAGAGAAAUGGCAAAAAAAUUUGGGCGUGAGUGAUAAGGGCUUGAAGCUGGACAUUAUUAACCGGAUAAAGUCAGCUCUCAACAUCGAAGGAACUUUCUUAAAGCUCUUUUCCAAAAUGUGGGGUGGUUCAGGUAAAAAAUAUACAUUUAAGUAUUUUAAGAGUUUUAUUCAAUGUUGUAAAUUAUUUAAACUAUUGUUUCGACAUCAAUUUUCUCAUUUAAAGCAGUUUAUACUAAUUAGUAAGUUAAUACCUUUAAACGUAUACUGUACAUUCUCGCCGGCACUUCAUCAAGCGGUUCUUUUCCACGCGAAAAGCACAGGUUCGACUCCUGUGAGAUGAUGGGAUAUUGGAUGUACAUUAAACAUGUACUUUUAAGCAAUAGAAACAGUUUUGCCGUGUUGCAUAUGGAUGCAAGAAAGUGAAUAUAUAUUGCCCAGUUGGAAAUUUUUAAACGGCCCUAAAUUUAACAAAAAUGAAGUCAUCAUAUAAAGUAUCAUAUAAAAUAAUCAAAAAAAUAAAAUAAAUUAUUAACCAUAUGCAUGGAUAGCGUUCUUUAUUAUUACGGUGAGAAUGUUAUGCAUGCGUAAAUAAUGUAAUCAUAAUUUUCAAAAAAUAUAAAUACUUAUAGACGACGCAACCUGUUGUGUUAUUUUUUGUUUAUGUACUACUCUUUCUUUCUUUAAAUAGGUGGAUGGUUAGGGAUGACUUGUCUGCACUGUAUUUGCUAUGGUUUGAAGUGGCUUUUGAGGCACGAAGGCCCGCGAGAUCAUGUGGACAUGAUCAUGAACCUUGCCUCUGUACCGAAUGUUGUUGUGUUGGACAUGGCGAAUAUGAUGGUUGCCCAUGCCAGAAAUAGAGGCUACGACGUUUUCCAGCCAUUUAAUGGUCGUGUUGCUGAAUGCAGUCAAGAGAACAUCCAAAAGGCAAUGGAUGGUGAGCUGGAGAUUGACUGGCCUUGGUUCUCUAAUUGCGCAGAACAGGAUAGGGGAUGGGAAGAGGAAAGACUUGAUGGUGGACAGCUUCUGCGUAAUCCUUCGACUGGAUCAUCAGAGCAUUACUGCUUAUUUGAUCAAUUUCAUGAGGCAAACUCUACAGAUCCAGCUGAUUGCUUACGUAGAAUCUCCUGCGUCAACCAACUUGCUGGAAAGACAAAUUCAGAGACCGCUGAACAGCUCAACAACAGAAGAAAUUGUGACAACUAUUUCACGACAUCUUUGACGGCACAUAACUCCGUAUUUGUUGAGAGAUUGGCAACCCAUUUUAACAACGAGAAGGAAAAUAAACACGUAAUCGCUAUUCAUAAUCGACAGGUAACUAAUCUAAAAUUUUAGGUAGAAAACUUUUCCGUACUUUGUAUAAAAGUUUAUAUAGAAGCACUUGUUGAACGUUAUGCAAACAAAAAGGUGGUGGGAAGCUUACAUAAUAUAAAAACCAAGUUAUUACAAUAUAAAUUCUCAUAAUAUGCAGUAAAUCGCUUGUAAAAUACAAAAAAGUAAUGGUUUCUAUUAGUUCUGGCAAUGGGGAUCGUGCAGACUUGUAUGUUUGAGUAUUGGUUUGUGGUAAAGUGAGUGCAUGUUUUUUUUUAGUUUGGAGAACACUUGACUACAAAUUCGAAAGGGCAACUGGUGAUUGGCAACAUCGUGGAGCCACCUCAAAUACCACCACCUUCCAAACGACCAAGAGUAGAAAGUGUUGAGACAGCUCCAUUAUGCCCGUCUGUUGGUUUAAAUUCAACCACGAUUGCUGCGGUGGUUUCAUCCGUGACAAAACAAUCAAUGAACCCAACAAUCUCAACAGAUUCUUCCACAAAUUCAUCCUCUUGCCCAACGAUUCAAUCCUCGUUUCCCAGCCUUAGCCCUUCUACUGAUGCCGUUCAUCCAUCUAUUAAUGUUAGUGCUGAAUCAGUUCCUUUUCACAAUACUACAUGUGAAUUGGGUACCACGACUUUGCCAAACGAAAAAGAAUUAUGUGAAAAUGUACGUUUUUUAAAAGUUGCUGGAACAUGUGUCUCGCUGUGGCUUUUACCCGAACGUAUCGAUGUUAGUCAAUCUUCUACUUGCCUCAAUAUCACAAAUGCCAGCACCAUUACAGCUCUUUUUUUGGGUCACAUAUGGCUUGCAACAAGAGUUAAUUUCCCCGAGGAUGGUACUCUCCAUCACUCCUGGUUUUCUUCGAUUCUGUAUGCUACGAAAAAGGGGAUCACUUUAUCGAACGAAUCUGAAGAUGGUGCACGUACACUGGCCGUGGAGGAAAAUAAAACUUAUCUAUGUAGAAGUCUUUUAGUUGAUAUCGUCCUGCACCCAGCAGCAAUAGUGUGA